GACUGGCUCUGUCGAUGGUCGCGUCGCAGGUGGAGGCCGAAGCUGGAUUCAAGUGACAGAUGACGUUACUCUUUUUUCCCUUCUUCGUCAAAUAUUUAACCAAUUAUAUUAUACACUUAUCUGGUUGUACCUAAAUUGUCAGUAAAUCUACAGAAUCUAGUCUGAUCGUAGAGCAAUCUUGAGAAAAGUGUAAAAGAAAAAUCGGGAAUGCAAUCAACAGAUGUGUGAUGAAGUGCACAGUGAGUUUGAAAAGAAUUGCGCGACUGAUAUGUGGACGAAGUGUUAUUGAGAGAUAACAAAGGCUCAUUUAAAUAGAGUAGAAGAUAGAAAGAAGCAUUAUGGAGGGUGGAGUAAUGGAGAGUCCAGAAUCUACCAUCGGAAGUUCCUCAACCGAAUCCGGAGAAUCAGGAUGUUGCAGUCCAAAGAGAUUUCCAUUCCGACUCUCCGGACUCAUGCUUAUGUGUUUGAUUGGUUUCGGAUCUUAUUUCUGCUACGACAACCCGGGAGCGCUGCAGGACAAUUUUACGAAAGACCUGAAUAUGACACCCAGCAAAUUUGUUCUUCUCUAUUCAAUUUAUUCUUGGCCCAAUGUAAUAUUAUGCUUUGUCGGAGGUUUCCUGUUGGAUAGGGUUUUUGGUGUUCGAUUAGGAACAGUCAUUUACAUGUCAAUCACGAUGGUUGGCCAAUUUAUUUUUGCUCUUGGUGGUUUACUCAACGAAUUUUGGCUUAUGAUGCUUGGACGAUUUAUAUUUGGGAUUGGGGCAGAGUCGUUGGCAGUGGCGCAAAACAGUUACGCCGUCCUCUGGUUCAAGGGGAAAGAAUUGAACAUGGUCUUCGGAUUCCAGUUGAGCUUUGCUCGGGUCGGAUCGACCGUGAAUUUCUGGGUUAUGGAGCCGAUUUAUCAGUACGUCUCGAAAUCGUACUCGGGACCCACAUGCAUCGGAAUUGUCCUUUUCCUGGCGGCCCUCACCUGUGUUGGCUCGAUGAUUUGUGCCUGCAUUCUGGGCGUGAUGGACCGACAAAUGGAAAAAUCGUUGAAACGGGGCGAGGGAGAAGAACCGCCUCAGCCUGUAAGACUCACGGACGUCAAGGACUUCAAAAAAGUCUUUUGGCUCGUCGCUUUCAUCUGUAUUGCUUACUAUGUCGCUAUUUUCCCCUUCAUUGCCCUCGGAAAAGUUUUCUUUAUGCACAAAUACAAUUAUAAUCCGGACGGUGCGAAUUCGAUCAACUCGAUGCUAUAUUUUGUGUCUGCGGUCGCCUCGCCGCUGGCUGGUUUAGUGGUUGAUAAGACCGGAAAGAAUGUCUUGUGGGUCUUUAUCAGCAUUGUUUUCACCAUUUUCGCCCACAGCCUUCUCGCUUUCACAUUUGUCAAUCCGUACACUUGUAUGAUAAUUCUCGGACUGGCAUACUCGAUGCUGGCCAGCAGUCUCUGGCCCCUCAUUGCCCUCGUUAUUCCCGAGCAUCAACUCGGCACUGCCUACGGAAUUGCACAAGCAGUUCAGAAUUUGGGAUUGGCAGUUGUUUCCAUCCUGGCUGGUCUCAUAGUUGAAAAAGGCGGAUAUUUCAUGUUGGAAUUGUUCUUCCUCGCAUGGCUCUGGAUUUCGUUGAUUACGUCGGUGGCGAUUUGGGUUUCGGAUUUAGCGACCACCGGAGGUUUUCUUAAUAUGACUCCGGGCCAGCGGGACAAAUACCAGGAGCAUCGGGGAGAAAUCGACUUUGUCGAGAGGGAGAGAUUGCUGGCCUCGGGAUCGACCGGGGACCUGUCGGCGGAUGACCUGCUGCAGCCACAAUCCGAUAUACGUAUGCGAAAUCGAUAUUUAGCUCGGAUCGGAGCUGCUGUUCCAAUACACAUAAAAAGGCCCACAUCACGCGCUCUCCGAUGAUGUGAAAUUCGCCAAUGGCACUUAGAUAAAUUGUAAUAUAUUAAUUAAUUAAUUAAUUUAAUCACACGGAGAUUAAAACUUGUAAAGUACUGAUCAUUAAUGACGCAGAGGUUUCCUUAAAACUGGCUAGAUAGCUUCAUUUUACACUCUAGGCUCCAUAGAAGGACGAGAGACAAUUUGCGCAGUACGUGAGUACUCAGGCGAGUUAAUUGCGCAAUAUUACGCAAUAUUGAGCAACAGUUGUUAUACGGGACUUGGAGUCUAUAUAUCUGCCUUUGUCAGAUUAACAUGAUCCGGAAGUCGUAAAUUGUCAUGAAUGGUCUGUAUUAAACGGGAAUUAUUCAUUUUUAUUCUGUCUUCCUAUUGCGCAGCAUGCAUCUGUGAUAUUGGUUCUUAGGAUUGAAAUGGAACGGCGGCGAUUAAUAGGAGGAUAUAUUGAUAACAAACAAACAAACAAAAAAGAUAUAAGUCUGCAUAACUGAAAUAUAGAAUUGUCGUUAUACUGAAUGUAAAAUGUGUUUUAAAUUUGAUGUUUCCAGAAAAUUGACUGUUCAGCUUUACGUGUUCUCUAAGCUAAUUCUAAAAUUCUGUCUUUAAAACACAUUUCAUGACUUUCAGUACUUGAAUAUCAGUGUACAUAGAGAUAUAGAUAUUAUGAAAUGCAUUUGCGAGAGAUAUACUUUUGAUGUUGUGAAAAAAAAGAGUUCUGUACACACCGAUCUGAUACAUAUUAUUAUAAUUACUAUUAUUAUUAUUAUUAUUAUUUUAGGGCCGUUUACGUCAACUAUGCACAAUAUGAGCAUAAUUUUUUUUAAAUGGUGCAAACAAAGUUAGAAUUUUUUAAAAUAAAAUAUCAUUAUAUUAUAAGUUUGUAUAAGUUGACAGAA